AUGUCAGUUGAUUGUGAGUCGGAAUAUCGAGGGAUUGAGGAGGGAGUAGAACGAGAUCAAGACGAUAAAGAGACGGAGAAUGAUGGAGCGCUGAGAAGGUUGAUUCGCGCGAGGUCGAGGAAGUCUCUGAGGGCUAUCGACAUCGGCCUCGAAGUCGAAGAUUUGAGCUCGCCCCCACCACUCAACUCGGACGAGGCACCACCGAAGGAGAGGACUCCGAAUAAGACGAAGAAGCUGCCUCUCCCCCUCCCACUACCACCGGCGCCUUUACCUAUGCCACCAACACGUCCCCUCUCACGUCCCCGUCCCCUUCCUCCACCUAACCCGUCCAAUAUGAAGCCAACGAACAGUCGUACCCCCCUGCCACUGCCAUUACCCCCGACGCCGCCAAUCAACUCCACGGGAUUGAUUAAGAAGAGCAGCUUGAAAAAGCGCACCAUAUCCAAAAUCCCGCCCCUCCCACUACCCCCUACCUUUUCGCCUCUCUUGACUAGUUCAUUUGGGACAAAUGGGAAUGCAAACGGCAGGGUCACACGGGUUCCCAGCCUGCGGGCGAAUUUGAAGUCAAGUAGAUCAGGAAGUAAAGGGAGUGGGAGUGGAGGGGCGAGGGAUACCAAUGACAACGCCAAUGAGAGGGUGCAUAGCGUUGGUAUAGAGCUCAACAUAACACGGAAGUCUUCGAUACUGAGGCGGUACGGCUCUAUACGCCGCUCGCGCGCCCGCCUCACGACCGAUUCAAACACCAAUGCUCGGUGGAAGGAAGAAGAAAUCGACGAUCUCGAUUUCGAAGGCGAAGUAAACGAAAUCAUUGAUGCCUAUACCUACGCUCUGAUAUCCGCUCCUGCUAUCACAAACGCCAGCUUCGGCUUUGGCCUCGGAUCUGAGAUCCCUGACUUUAGGUCCGCCUCCAGCCACGACGGAUCCAGAUAUUCCAAGUACUCCAGAUACUCCAAAUACUCGAAGGGAGAUGUUGUGACGCCGUUUGUAGGGUUCGAGUUCGUGACGCCGCCGUGGUACGUUAUGGCAAAGGGUUUGGCUACUGGGACGAGCGGCGCCGGUGGGAUGCGGAUGCGGUUGAGCGGAGAUUACGAGUACGACGAGAAAGACUAUGGUCCAACGCCUGGGGGAUACCUCUCUGUCUCUCGGAAUGGUUUUGAUUUUGGGUUCGAUGGGGAAAGGGAGGAGAGGGAGGAGAUGGGGGGAGAUGGCUCGUUCAAGGCAUUCACAAGGGGCGUCAGUGGAAUCCCGCGGACGGCGCAUGCUUUGUCACUGCACGAGUACGAAAUCGAGACGCUGUCGAGGAACGGUAGUAUCGGCAGCGUGAGUAGGAGAGGGUGGACUACUGCAGAUGAAGAACGAAAACGCGAAUUGAAACGUGGCGGCGGCGGCGGCGGGAGCGGUGGUAGUGGGGAGAGUCACGGAAGACCAAUGCUAAGGCCACUGAGUAUUCCGUCCCCCUCGUCGUCUGGGACCGCGAGCUCCAAAUCUGCGCAUACGAGAUCGGGGAUGGCGACAUCGCUGUCCAUGAAGAAUACGAGUUCUGGUUUCCGCGUGAAGACAGAUGCGAAGACGAGGAAGUCUAUCUACCCUCUCUCAGCGCAUCCGUCCACUCGAGCAACACGGGCGGUCACCCGACAGUAUACUGAGUAUACUUAUACUGUGGGGUUGGGAGUGGUGGCGGGGUUGGAGCUUCUAGAUGAGGGGGGCGAUGGCGCUGGCGCUGGCCGUGUUGGUGUAGGAGAGGCAGGAGGGGGAGGGUUGUUGUCAGCGACAGUGCAAAUCCGGUCGGCGACGUUACAUUCGGCAACUUUUUCGUUCACAGCCAAGAACCCUCAUUCACAUCCGAAGAGCGGCCUGAGCACCGGCAGCCCACUAGCAAGCCCAUAUUGGAGGUCUCCGGUGCUAAGGGUGAACAAGAAUCGAUUUGCAGCUGAUUUCUCAAGCAGUGUCGGGGAUGUUGAACGGUGGUUUGGAGGGUUCGGAGGGAGGUUUGGGGGAAGUGAUGACAUUGACGACGAGGAGGAAGUAAUCGUUCUGAGGUCUGCGGAUGUGGAGGAAUUAAGGAGCGUCAGUGUCACGGUUAGUCCGAUUGAGGUUGACGAGUCGAGGGGUUUUGUAUUGGGAAGGCAGGAUGAGGAGGUGGAGGUGGAAGGGAUGCGACCGUUUUGGCCUUCCGAAGGACAACAACCGAGUUCACCCCCUCCACGUCUUGACGUUCAGCCAUUCCACGAGCCCCUGGAUAUCGAUGUAUCAUGGAUCCACGAGGAGAAAGAACAAGUCGAGGCGGGCGACGGGCAGGCUAGAUCUAAGAGGAAGGCAGCUCCACCUCCAUCGACGCCUUUGUUGAAGGACGAAUGGGAGCGGCAUAUGCAGCGUGACGACGAAGCUCAUAUGGCUAGUAAGGCUGCUGAGUGGGAGCCGACACCGCCACUGUCAAGCGCCCCGAGUUUACUGCCUCCUCCUGUGCCACCGAAGCUGGAUGACCACUUACAAGGUCAAGGGACCAUGGGCGCUGGCGAAUGGACGACCAGAUUCGUGGAGAUGAUCACACCGCCGAACUCGAAUGAUUCGCCUCCCCCUUUCCAGAACGUAGGUAACGCCGAGCGGAUGCCGUCCAAUGGCGGAGUGGGGGUCAGCAGCCAUGGAGGGGACGGAUGGGAGAGUGUGAGAGGCCGACUAGAGGAAAGCGUGAAGGGAUCUGGAAGGAACGAAGGUGUGGUAACGGAGAAGGAUGUAACGGAUGUUAGGGCGCUGUUAGCUGGCGCGAGAGGUUUCUCGAUUGGGUCUCCAUACGCAUCUACAUCGAUGUCAGCAAAAUUCUCUUCGCCCACGCACAAUAGAAGUCAGUCCGAAUCUGCGCUUGUUUGGAGUGCGGCACCACCCACCACGGGGAGUUUCCACGGCUACUCGGCGACACGGACGAAAGCAAAAGUGCUAGCGAUAGGCGAGAAGGGGAAAGGGAUUGGCAAGUUGCUUGGGAAGAAGAUUGGGCUGACGGGGUGGAAAAGGGAGGAGGAAGGAGAAAUGGUGAUUAGUUCGCCGAUGAUGCUGUCCGAGAAGGACUAUGUGCGAAUGUGGGAGGAGAACAAGCGGGGUGCUACGAACGACAUAGUCUCAGACAAGCAUCACGGUAAGAAAAACAAGAAGGAGAAGAAAAAGAAGCCGAGGGUUGUCAUCGACACAUCUUGGGAUUUUCUGGACGGAGGGGAGUCAACGCCGCUAAGCGUCUCAGCAUAUUCGACUAGGGGAGGCGGUAUGUUGGUUUUAUCGCCGCUGCACCCGCAUUUAGAGGAGGCGACUCGGUAUGUGGUUGGGAUCGGCUCGCCGAGGUUGGGAAUGUCGAUGAAGGUGCAUACGAAUGCAGACGUAAACGAUUCGCAUCUGAAGGCGCUGCAUUCGAGGGACGACGAAGGAACGCGGAAGAGGGGGAGGAAUGUCCCAUUUCCAAUCGGUGGGAGACCCUUGAAGAAGCGGUCGACUUCAGGAUCGUCUGGGAAUAUGAGUUUGCUCGACAGCAAUGGGAUCCCGCGGCGGGAUAGCGAUGCUUCGACUUCGUCGAAGCGCUCCGGAAGAACUGCCGCCCCCCCUCCGUUGAAGGGUCCGCCGCCUAGCGGUCCACUGCCUGGUGUUCCGACGCCUCCCCCACCUCUUUUAUCUCCUCCAUCUUCUUCGGGGACAUCGGAAUCAUCGGGAGAAUGCGUCCAAUUUCAUACCACGGAGCCGCUCCGAGUCAAAGUGCCCAGGAGGAUCAUGCCAAACAUUCCUACAUGCCCCAACACACCAGUGGCUCACCAGGAUGCACCAGCCCUCAGGAACCCUGAAAAUGCAGAGACUCACGCCAAUGCUACCGCAAACCAGAACGUUGGGGAAAGGAGGAGGAAGCUAUGGAGGACGACAUUCCAGAUAUUCCAACAAAAUCAACCCAUCCCACUAGGAAGGCUGCUGGGGAGUCAUGGUGGGAAAGUUGCCCAAGCAAUGAACACAGCCCAAUUAUGCACGGCAGCCAGCUCCAAACUUACCGGCUCCUCUGAGGCAGCUGGCUUUGGGCAAAUAGCACUGACCUCCCCCCUGCCCCCUGUGGUGAGCAUCCCCCAACUGCAGCUAUGGCCUGGCUGCUCUGGCUGCACUGGUGGCCUCCUCUACCACUGA